AUGGAUAUCCGACAGUUGCUUAAUGUUAGUUUGCACGGUAUAUUUGCUGUAAACACAGUAAACGUGUUAGGUGAUUUCAUGAACACUAUAGGAGAAGUGCAUGCUAUUUAUGAAAAAGAUUUUCCGAUGAAAUCAUUAAGUGGCAUUCGUGCGCAUGUUCUAUACGAAAUAGCAGUGAUGGGUAAGUUGAAAGUUCUUUUUAAAAGCGAACUAGUUCAAGCUCCAGUUCAUCAAAUUAAACUAAGGUGUAAGAUAAAAGUACAGUCAAACUACCAUAAUUCAAAGUCUCGACGGGCAAUAAAAGAAAUUCGUAGAAAUUCAUUAAAAUAA